UUUAAAUUUCAUCAUCUGACAGCUGUCAUCAAAAUUGUAAAUAUGUAUAGCAAUAAUUAUCGAAUUUUAAAAUAAUGGAGGGAUUAUUUGUGUUUUUUCUCGUUUUAUUAAUUUCAUUUUUAAGUAUUACAUGGAUAUUGCCCAUUAUAUGUUCUUGGCUUAUAGAAAGAAAAUAUAAGGUUUUUACUAGGAUAGGAAGAAUUAACUUGGCGUACUUGAAACUAUGUGAUAUUCAAAUAUCAAAAAAUGGAUUUACCAUUCAAAUAGAUGAAAUAGGCAUUAAAAGUAGUUUUCUUAACUCAGAGCUAACAAAGUUAAUAACGCUGGUUGUGAAAGACGUUAGAAUUAAUAAGGAUAUUAGCUUAAAUGAUGAUUCCAUCGAUAACACUCAAGUCGAUCGAAAAGAGCCUAUUGAGUUUAGGAAUAAGAAAGUACCGCAUUUUAUUAACACCUUUGCGCAAUUUAUGGCUGUACACAUCUACAACAUAUCAGCUAUGCUUCUAAGAUCUGAAACGCCAGGUUUUUUGAUACAUGCAACGGCCAGCGAGUUGCAUUUAGACGGCAGCAUCCUCAAGAACGCUAAAUCGCUUCUAGUUACCUUAAAUUUACUGGAAGCGUCAGCUAAAGUCUUGAGGCAUGCCGAAAACAAAACCUAUGAAACUAAAUUGGCUGAGUUUAGCUUUGGGAUUUCCAUGGAGACCAUCUUGGUGGCUCAAGGGCCACUUUCUGUGGAGAAAUUGGAUGUAAGCAUGUCUCACAGCAAUGCCAUUAUAAAUGAUGGUUUUUAUAGCAUAUUUCAUCAAGGGAAUAUAAGAAAACCUAAACAUAUUACUAAUUAUAAGGAUGAUGAUAUUUUGCAAAGAAUUAUGCCAGUUAUACCAAAGAAUUUUUCUCUACAUAUCGACGACACAUCUUUAAAAGGGGUACGGGAAAACGGCCAAAUAGAGUACAUUUCCUCCCUAAAAAUAUUCAGCUUGAACUACAAACCGGUGACCAAAAAAGAAGAAAUCACAGACAAACUAAACAAAAUGUCGUUUAUUUUUACGAUGACCGACUUGGAACUUAAAAACAGCCGAGAACAUUUGAUAUUCCUGAAAAGCUUGAACAUCGAAGCAAAGUUGCAGAACUACGUGGUGAACAUUUUCCUGCAACUCAACUCGCUUUUGCUCACGUAUAAUCACGACGUGAUCCAUAGAUGGGUGUACUCGAACUUUUUGAAAAACCAGAUCAACUCUCUGAAGCAGAGCAGAAGGGAAAGUUCGAGCGAUAAAAUACAAAAUUGCGGUGGGAAUUCGGCGUUCGAAAACCUCAUGAAGAAGUUGGUCGUCAAUGUGUGCGCCGAAUUCUUCCGAAUUUCCGCCGUUGCCAAACUGGACGAGGCGCAUCAGUCGUCCUUCGGCUUCAACAGGGUCAGGUUGCUGCUGGAGCAAGAGAACGACAAAAGAGGUUGUGAAUAUAAUGUAGGUCUGGCCAAAAUCCUCCUACAUAACAGACAUUGGUACAUGGAGUUUCUGAUAGAGUCUUUCUGGUGGAGUUUUCAAAAUUGGCACCAAGACACCAAUGUUUCCACGAAAAUGCACGUAUGGGGCACCCCAAUUUAUUUAGAGAGAGGUUUGGUGAAGGUUUGCAGUUCUGGUGAGGACUCCAUAAAAACUAUAGGGUGUUUGGACAAACUGCAAUUGGAGUGGUCGCUAGAAAUGGCUGAUUUUGUAAUUUUAGGAAUAAAAUGUAUCAAUGAAUAUUGCAUAAAUACUGCAAAAAAAAUUCCAAUAAAACCAAAGAAAAAAUCCAGUAUUAAAUAUUUAGUAAAUGUAGAAAUUACGGAAUUUGAUUGUUUCUUGCAAUCACAAAAUAACGAAUAUUUCGUAAGUCGCCUAAGCAAAGUAACAUUCGACAAAAACCUCAAAACAACAGUCCUCCAUUUGGAAGACUUCAAACUCUUUACCAUCUACAAUACUGGUGCCUUCUACACUUGCAUAAGAUCGGAGGACAUCUCCAAUUACAAAGUCUACGUCAAAAAAUCUCAAGUUGAAUUUGUGGAGCACAAAACUUGCCAAGAAACGUUCGUUUCACUGCUAGACAAAGUCACCAUGUUUUGGUCUACGAAUUUCCACAUGAAAUCGCUGCUUUUGGUCAGGGAUGUGAAGGAGUUUUUAGGUGCUGUCAAGCUGGGUUUGGGGGUGGAUACUGCUGAGAGCAAGGAGAAAAAUAAAAGAGCUUUGUCCUUGAACAUUUUCGGCCAGUUUAACUUCCAUAUUGAGAUAUCUGAAAAGCACAAGGCCAAAGUUUCCACUGACGAAUUUAGGAUGUCCAACCACCCGAACGACUUCCAACUGUUCAACUCCUCGGUAAAAAUCGCGAUAGACGACUCGGAAAUCUUUACGGUGCUCGGCAUCAAAAUGCAGCGGAUCAAAGACAGCUCUGCGAUGAAAGCCGAGCGACUUGACGCCGAUAAUUUCGCGUUGCCUUGGAACAAAACCUGGGGAAUCGCCGUGGACUCGUUCAAGGUCGUCUUUCCUUACGAGCACGACUACGCCGAAGCCGUUCAGAACCAGUUCGUUUCCGUUUACAAGUGGUUGAAGAUCGUGCAUGGCGUGGAGAAAAAAGCGUUCACGGCGGACAGUCCCCUGCCCAGCGAUCUACUGAUAAAUAUAAAGGAAUUCCUAUUUGAAAUGAGUGACGAUCCCUUCGAAGUAAAAUUACGGGACAACUUCGAACUUCUAAACGACGAGUAUUUCGAAGGCCUCAAAAGGCAUAAAAUGCUAAAGGAGAAGAUACAAGAACUCUGCAAGACGCGCCUUCACCUGCCGGAAAGACGAAUGGAAGAGUUGUUCGCUCAGUUGACGAAAAAAAAUGCCGAGAUUUACAUACAGAGGUCCAAAAAAAUAUUGGCUUCUUCACCAAUGAGAACCAGGCUUUUCGCUUGGAGUAUGACCAAUGUGGAAAUAAUGUCCCUGGCGGAUCCUUCAAUACAUGGCACGGAAAAUGUCAUCAAAACCAUGCGCGAAAUCGAUUCGGAAACUCCCUGGCCUGAGGAGCCCAUGGAAUUUUCCACCCUAUGGUGUCGAGUGGUUUCCAUGCGUUGCGAGGUGUGGAAAAUUCAGUUGAGGGAUUUUCCGCAACCCCUUCUGGACAUUAAACAAUGUCUGAUAUGCGGGGUGCUCUGUGGGGCUGAACAAGUCGCCCCAAAGAGAGCUACACGUACUGUCGUGGUAAACCUGGGUGAACCCUUUGAACCUUACGUGGUGGAAAGGGGAAUGCAACCCUUAAAAUUCUACCACGAUUUCAACUGUGAAGUUGAGUCAUACAGCUACGCUUUUGGGCCUUGUUGGGAACCUGUGAUCGCCCAAUGUAACCUAUAUUUCAAUAAAAUAUCUGCCCCUUCGCGAGACCCAUCUCCACCAUUGUCCUUCUGGGAUAAAAUGAGGUUGAUAUACCAUGGCAGGUUGACCAUGGUGGUGCAACAGUUGACCGUUUUAUUGCACGCCUCCUUGGAUCCUUACAAUACCAUAGAGGAGAUGGCUUGCACUUGGGAAAAAGUCGUCAUGGAUUGGACCAAUGCAAGGUUUGUUUACAAAGGGGACCUGAACAUUUACGUGCGAACAGCUUCGAAAUACGACGACGUCCAGCUGCUAAAAAUUCCGAACCUGAAGCUGAUGCUGAACAUCCAGUGGGUCUGUUUGGCCGACCCCAAUGACCACCACAACGUCAUCUACUGCGCGCCCGACCGAGUGCCCGAAUACUCCAGCAACCAGGAGCACGACUCUUUCAGAGCAUUCCGCUCCCAAAACGUCAACCUGAGCAUUGUUCUCGAAACAAGACCGAAUCAAGCCAACACCAACACCCCGAUACUCUUGCUGUACGGCAGCACCUUACGUUGGAUCGAGAGCCUGAAGCUCAUCCUGUCGGGCGUCACGCGACCCACGAAGCGCGGGAAGAUCUUCAGCAACCUGCGCCCGCGCAAGAUACAACUCAGCCGCCACUACAAGAAGCUGCACCUGCUGAUGGGCCUGCACAAGUUCCAGGUCUGCUACUGGAUGUCCUUCGCCAUGCAGAGGGGUUGCGAGUUGUUUGGAGGACGUUUAUCCUGCAGUUCGGAGCACACUUUGUCUUUAGUUUCCGUCGACGGCGGUUUAAAACACCGCCCGAAAGCCGAGUGGUCGAUCGUCUACAUGAACAGCGAGCUGAACGAUUCAGAGAUCUGGCUCAAAAGCGCGCUCGCCGACGACACGGAGAUCGAAGCGCCAUCUGCGCGGCAACCCGUGGAAAAGUGCUACUGCCUGUCCGUUGCCAAGGUCUCCUACGGAAGGGAGACGGUCUUGACCAACAGGGACGGAAACACCGAGAGGAACAAGGACAUACCAACCCACAGGUUGGUAGUGUAUGAUCUUAGAGGAGCAUGGACCAAAAGCAACAGGAAUGUAGCUUUCGCAUUAUUCGACACUUUUAUGAAGACUAUGAGAAUGAAGAAAAAUCUCUCGACUGAAGCUCUAAAAGGCUUUAGAAAAGAUAACACUACCACUCCGUUGAAACGAAGAAACGAUUCAUCAUCUACCCCCCCGAAUGCUCCAAAUGUUCAGGGUAUUCAGGCGGCUACCAAUGUGCAGGAGAUCACCUCGCCCAUCAGCAAGCUUCAAUCGGGUCACGCGGCAAACAUGCUGCAGCAGCUGAUCGCCGAAGCUGACAACAAGGCUGUCGUUUACAGCGACGACCUGUCGGCAGCUUCGCGGCAGCAGAAUUUGCAGGGAGUGCAGGCCUGCUCGCAGGACGACGUCCUGCACAAAAACUGGCAAAUCGCCCUGGUCAACGCGCAAGUGUUACUGAAAGGUUGCGAGACCAAAGGUUACGUCAUCUUGAGCGCGGCCAAAGCGGAAAUCAUCCAAAGAAUACACCGACCGGCCUGGAGGGACAGAACUCUGGUGUCAAAAACGACUUGGACGGGUAUUUUGGAGUGCAUGCAGUAUUAUGCGACCGUAAAUGCGGGGGAAAACGAUUCCGGAUACGACAAUAUAAUGUGGCUCACGGUGGACAACAUACAGGAGAAAGAGUCGGCCCUCAUUUCCGAACCGUCCGAAGUUCCAAAUCUCGUCGGUAGUGGCGUUUCAGUCGGGGCAGUAGUCAGUGAUACUGUGGGACCGAGUACCGACAGACAAUUGCAAAGAAUCGUAUCGAGAUGCAGGUGCGAGUUUUUCUACGCCGACUACGGUGAUAUAAGCGUGGAUCCAGAGAGCAUAGGUGAAGUUCCACCGCCGCCUCAGGAGGAAGUGGGGCCUUGGGAUCGCAGGGAAUCGGCUGUCGAUGCCUUUACCGUCAUGCAUUACGACUUGGAAGUCUGCACAAACUCAUUACAAUAUGCCAUGCUUCUGGACAUAGUCAACAACCUGUUGCUCUACGUGGAGCCUCACAGGAAGGAGGCGUUGGAGCGGUUGGCGCGCAUGCGCUUUCAGCUUCAGCUGCACAGCAUGGACGAUCAACGAAAACCGAUACAAAAUCAGCAGACGCUGGUGAGAUCAACUCUCAGCAAGCUGCGAAGGUUGGAGAAGGACACCUACCUCGUCAACAAAGCUUUGGAGGACGCCCCCGAUGAUAAUUCCCUGAUGAAAGAAAGCGACCGGCUGGAGCAACACAUGUACGAUUGUAAAAACUACCUGAACGCGAUCAGCGAAGAACUGGACAUGAUGCUCUCUUGUUACAAGGAGAGCCAGCUGCUGGCGCACAGCAGGCUUGCCACUACACGAAGCGAUAAACCUUUGACGGUUGUCAGGGCCAACGAGAUUUGUUUCAAGCAUGCGCAGUGGCGGCUGACGGAGGCGGACGGUCAGAUCGGCAUAGCCGACUUGGUUUUGAGCAACUUUAUGUAUACGAAGAAUUCGAAGAGCGAUGAUUCGGUGGAGCAUUUGUUGGAGUUGGGUUAUUUGAGGAUGACAAAUUUGUUGCCGAAUGAGAUUUAUAAGGAGGUUAUUUGUCCAACGGAAAUACAAUUUGAUAUGCCUAUAGAACACAAGAAAGUCUUGCGGAUAUUCUGCAGAGAAAAACCGCCGGUGGGCGGCAUAUCCGUGAAAGAACACUUCGAAAUCAACCUGGUACCCCUCACCAUCAGUCUGACGAAAAAGUUCUACAACACGAUGAUGAAGUUCAGCUUCCCGGAGCGCGAAGCCGAAGCCGUCGACUUCGGCGACCGGGCCAGCGAGGACGGCGACGCGGAACCCAAGGGCAAAAAAAUAAUCAAGCCCGGAAGGAAAAACCGCGACAGCAACUUCUACGUGCACAUAGACGACGUGGAGAAGAUGAAGGAGCGCGCGGAGAAGAACAAGCUGUUCGUCUACAUCAAGAUACCCGAGGUGCCGGUCAAGGUCAGCUACAAGGGCAACAAGGAGAAGAACCUGGAGGACUUGCGGGAGGUUUCUCUCGUGAUACCCACCUUGGAGUACCACAACAUGACGUGGACGUGGUUGGACCUCCUCAUGGCCUUAAGAAACGACACCAAGAGAGUCAUACUGUCGCAAGCUAUAAAACAGAAGUUGCAAAUCAAAAGGAACACUGGAGCCAUGGACGAAAGCUCGGCUCCGCACGAAGAAGACAAGGCUAGGAUGCUUUUUGGUGCCAGACAUGCUCCAGAAAACAAAAGUAUUCGUAAAGGUGUGAGUGGGGUCUUUAAAUUCGGCAAAUAACGAAAGCCUUAAUUUUAUUAUUUACCAAAAAAAAUGUUUUUGUAUAUACCUUUAUAAAGUUGUCUGUAAAUGUAUUUAUUUUUAUUUAUAAAUGUCCUAUUCAUAAGUCAAUUGUGCUGGAAAUCAAAAGUAACUUUUUAAGUAAGGUUUAUUUAUUUUUACUAUGUUGUUAAAUAUAGUUAUUAAAUGUG